UGUGUUUGGUUUGGACUGUGCGGGUGGGAGGAGUUCUGACUGCUCCAUAUUCAAAAGUGGGGAGGGAGGCUUCUUCAAGGAAACCCCUCUCCCUCCCGUUAUAAAGAGACCACAGUGCCUUCAAGACAAGACAUAUUAACGGCUUUGAACAAUUAUUGUGUUAUCGGGGUAGCCGAUAUAGCUCUUCAAAUUUGUUGAACGUCGACAGAACUUAUUUAUGGUCAGUUGACAAGGUUCUGUGAGCGACGAGAUCUCGGGAAGGAGAUCAUGGAAUACAUGAACGAUAAAUUCGCAUUGAAAAGUCAAGCGAUUAAGGGCAGCGACUACUACAUGGGCUCUGGCGGCGCGCUGGACCAAGUUAUGGAGAGUUUGGACAGUGUGCAGUACUACAGCAAGACCUCGCCCAAGUGUGUGCAGGCCUUCGGGAUACAGAGCAGCGAGCACCACUCGCGAAUGGAGCGGUCCUCGCCUUGCGGAGACCAACACGCGAAUUAUGGUGUCCAGAAAACGGAAGAUACCUUGCACGCGGACCUUGGAAGGUCGAUCGACAACUGUUGCAAUCUGAGGGCCUCGCCGGUAACGGCGUGUCAGGAGAAAACCGAUUUGGACGAAAUGGGUGACAAGUGUGACAGUAACGUAUCGAGCAGUAAGAAGAGGCGACACAGGACGACAUUCACGAGCGCACAGCUGGAGGAGUUGGAGAAGGUGUUUCAGAAAACGCAUUACCCAGAUGUUUAUGUGAGAGAACAACUGGCGAUGAGGACUGAACUAACCGAGGCCAGAGUGCAGGUGUGGUUUCAAAACAGAAGAGCCAAGUGGAGAAAAAGAGAACGUUAUGGACAGAUUCAACAGGCAAAAAGUCACUUUGCAGCCACAUACGACAUAUCAGUGUUGCCAAGAACAGACAGUUACUCACAGAUCUCCAACAACCUGUGGCCCAGCCCUGCUCCCAGUGGCUCUGUGGUCUCCUCCUGCAUGCUCCCCCGUGGAUCUCCCCCAUGUGUCACCUCGUAUUCCCACUCCCCCCGCUCCGCAGCCGACCACGGGUACGUGGGCUUCCCCAACCAGCAGAACCAGUUUGGACACGUCUCCCUCAACAACUUCUUCACGGCCGACUCCCUCCUCACGCCCUCGCCCAACGGACACCCAUUCGAGACCAAGCCCGAGUUUGAGAGACGCUCGUCCAGCAUUGCUGUGCUGCGGAUGAAGGCUAAGGAACAUGCGGCCAACAUAUCCUGGGCCAUGUGAUUGUGAAUGUCUCUUCUGCAUGUCCAGCCAGCUGACUGACUCACAGCCUCUCUAACUUUAGCAUUACUACUGCGCACAUUUAUAACCCCCAAUGUUGACUGACAGAAAUCUGACUGUGACACUGAUUGAUUGAAGAGGACAUACAGAAGUCAAAAUAAUGUAGGCCUAGAUGCUGAUAACUGACUGGUUGUCUCCAAGACUGGAGAGACCUGAAGCCUCUCCAUGGAGUCAACAAACUGUGAACCUGUUGGUCAAAAGAGUCAAAUGUCAGAGGAGAUUAACUGCUUCAAGAUUUAAAGGUCUGCUCAUCGAGGUUGAGCAGUGCGUUUCAGUUCACAACACACAGAUGAAACUUACUUUCAGGUUAACACCCGAUGUUAAACAAUGCAUUGCUGAAAAUGUACCCCUCUGUGACUUGAAAACUCUGAGCCGGUUCGAGCACUCCAUUAAGAGUGGUGCAGUGGUCUAAGGCACUGCAUCUCAGUGUUAGAGGCGUCACUACAGACCCUGGUUUGAUUCCAGGCUGUAUCACAACCGGCCGUGAUUGGGAGUCCCAUAGGGCGGCGCACAAUU